UUAUUACUAAAUGAUUAUCAGGAGUUUCUCUGCGGGUGUUUUAUUUUGAAGGUUGCCUUCAUAGACUUCCGGUCGCGCGGGUGUUACCUGCCGUCACCUUGACGCAGCUCUGACGGUCCGUCAGUCGGCAUGACAACGCGCUCUCGAGGGCAAACGGGGAACGGCUGACGGGCGCGAGGAUGGCAGCAGAAGAUGCCCAGUAACGGAACCAGCGGCGGGAACCGAGCCAACGGGAGCAGCGGCACCGGCACAGGGACCUGCUCCGGGACCUGCGCCGGCGGAGCCUCGGUCCAUGUCUCGGCCAUGGAGCGGGCUCGGCCGGUGACGGUGACGGUGUCCGCGGUGAGCCUGGCGCUCAGCGCGCUGUCGCUGAUGCUGCUGGUCACCGCCAUCUCCACCGACCACUGGUACCAGACCGACACCCGCCGCCACAAGGACAACUGCGACCGACACGGCUCCGACUCCAACGACCAGAAGAACCGGGAGAUGCCCAUCUACCACCUGCCGCUGGUGGACACCGGCAGCGGGGGCGCUCGGCAGCGGGACGUGGCGCAGAUGAAGCCGGUGCACGUCGGCAGCAGAGAGGAGGAGCUGCUGGAGAACUGGCGGGCCAUCCUGGGGAUGGGCAUCCUGGAGACCGAGUGCGGCAGGCCGCUGUUCUCAGCGCACUCGGGCCUCUGGAGGAAGUGCUACUUCAAGGGCCUGGACCCGGACAUCGACAAGCUCAUCGACCGGGGUAUCGCAGAUCGCUGCACAGCUGUGAAGUAUCACUUCUCUCAGCCAAUCAGACUGAGGAACAUCCCUCUGAACCUGACCAGGACCAUCCAACAGGACGAGUGGCACCUGCUGCACCUACGGCGCAUCACGGCAGGAUUCCUGGGCAUGGCGGCGGCGGUGCUGCUGUGUGGGAGCAUCGUGGUGUCCGUCGGGUUCUUCUGGGAGGAAAGUCUGACCCAACACGUGUCGGGACUGCUGUUCCUCAUGGCAGGGAUCUUCUGCACCAUCUCUCUGUGCACGUACGCGGCCAGCGUGACCUACGACCUUGCCAGGAACCCGCCCUUCAUCUACGGCCUGCCGGCAGACGUGGAUCACGGUUAUGGCUGGUCCAUCUGCUGCGCCUGGGCCAGUCUGGGUCUCACCGUGGCGUCCGGAUGCCUCGGUACCACGUUUCCCUUCCUGAGCCGGGCUGCUGCUUUGCGCUCCAAAACCGCCCGCGAGUCCUCCGUCUGAGUCGCGGCCAAUCGGGAGGGGGCGGGGCUACUGACCUCAAACGGAGUAUGUUGGACCCGGUCCACGUGACCUAGGUUGUGAACAGACUGGAGGCGGGGCCUCAACACCUGUUUCUAAAAUGUGUUCAAUGAAUCGCACUUUUAAUCUGAAGCAUCGUGUUUGUAACACACACACACACACACACACACAUGCACAGUCUGAUGUGUUAUUAAAAUUUCAGAACGUCUUCACGCUGGAUGAGUUUUUAAAAAGCUGUUUAAGUGAAACAAAAUGUUAGUUGUGAACAGGCUGAUGACAGGGGGCGGAGCCAGGUGACAGGGGCGGGG